CGAAUCGUAUUUUGUACCUGGUCUUUCAAUUCACUUAUUACCACCCUAGCAGCUUAAGCUAGAAUUGAUACUAAAAUAGCUUGAAGUGAAAGGGUCAAACAUACCAACAUGUUGUUAACUUGUUAUUAUUAUUUUUUUCCAAAACGAAGAACGUGUACAUGCGUCUAUAAUAAUUUACCAUAGAAAGAACGGAGUAGUAGCAGAAGAAUGAAAAAAAUCGCUCAACUUCCACAGUGGAACUCACAAGUCACAACACCCAAGUACUAAAAAGCUCUCCCCAAAGCAUAAUGAUAAGAAUAAUAACAAAAGCGCGGAGCUGAGUAAAACCAACACGACGAACACCAAACACCAAAGAAACCCCCCCCCCCUCUUUCCCUCCAUGGGCCAUUACCAUCCCACCCUCCCUCUUCUCCUUCUCCUCCUCCUCCUCUUUCCUCCACCCUCCGCAUUAGCAGCAGGAGGAGGAUCGACGUCGGAUUCGGAUUCGGAUUCUGCGGCGUUCGUGGGGGUGAGCAUCGGGACGGCGGCGUCGGGCGUGCUGUCGGCGCGGGACCUGGCGGCGUUCCUGGUGCGGGAGCGGAUAACGCACGUCCGGCUGUACGACGCGGACGCGGGGCUGCUGUCGGCGCUGGCGGGGACGGGGGUGCGCGUGGUGGUGGGCGUGCCGAACUCGCACCUGCUGGCCCUGGCCGCGUCCCCGGCGUCGGCGCUGUCGUGGCUGCAGCUCCGGGUGCUGCCCUUCCUCCCCGCCACCCUCGUCUCCCACCUCGCCCUCGGCGACGACCUCCCCAUCUCCGCCCCCUCCCUCCUCCCCCUCCUCCCCCCCGCGCUCUCCGCCCUCUCCGCCGCGCUCUCCUCCCUCAACCUCUCCCGCCCCAUCAAGCUCUCCGCCCCGCUCCCCUUCUCCGCCCUCGUCCUCGACCCCUUCCCCCCCUCCCAGGCCUCCUUCAACCGCUCCCUCGUCCCCUCCCUCGUCCUCCCCCUCCUCGGCUUUCUCUCGAACACCUCGUCGCCGCUCAUGGUCGACCUCUACCCCUACUACGCCCUGACGGAGAGCCGCGGCGCCAUCCCCCUCGACAACGCCCUCUUCCGCCCCCUCCCCCCGGCCCGCGAGGAGGUCGACCCCAACACCCUCCUCCACUACACCAACGUCUACGACGCCAUGGUCGACGCCCUCUACUUCGCCAUGCGCGACCUCAACUUCUCCGACGUCCAGAUCCUCGUCACCGAGACCGGCUGGCCCUCCUACGGCGACCCCCGAACCGAGCCCUUCGCCACCCGGGACAACGCGGACUCCUACAACUCCAACCUCAUCAAGCACGUGCUCGCGCGCUCGGGCACGCCGCUGCGCCCGGAGUACACCCCCGGGGUCUUCAUCUACGAACUGUUCGACGAGGACCUGCGCCCGGGCCCGGCGUCGGAGGCCAAUUGGGGCCUCUUCUACGGCAACGGCACGCCCGUGUACCUGCUGCACGUGGACGGGGCCGGGGGGUUCUUGGCCAACGACACGACGGAGCGCACCUACUGCGUGGCGGCGGAGGGCGCCGACGAGAAGGCGCUGCAGGCCGCGCUCGACUGGGCGUGCGGCCCCGGGCGCAGCAAUUGCUCGGAAAUUCAGCCCGGCGAGAGCUGCUACGAUCCCAACGACGUGCGCAGCCACGCCUCCUACGCCUUCGACAGUUACUACCAGAUGCACGGGAAGGCCACCGGGGAUUGCUACUUCCAGGGCGCCGCCAUGCUCACCACCUCAGACCCUAGUCAUGGGAACUGCAUCUUUCCAGGAAGUGAGCUGAUGAGCAAUUUUACAAAAGGGAGUGGUGUGAAUACCACAACAGUUAGCAAAGCUGAGGAAUCCAUCACUAUAUUGAGACUAAGAAAAGGAAGGGGAAUAAGCCUCCACAUGAUCCCCAUUUUGUUGAGCAUCUUGGUGGGUUUGCUAUGACCACUUUCAACUUUUUUGACCUAACCAAAAAAAUUAAAAAUUAAAAAAUUAAAAAAAAAGCAGCUAGAGGAUGGGGAUGUAGUGGGGUUUCAUAUUUUAUCAAUCACAAUAAUAAUAAUAAUAAUAAUAAUAAUAGUAAUGGGGGUUCAUAAGGGAAGAGGCAAAUGUAAUUUUGGUUUUUUUCUCUUCACCAAUCUUGUAAAAAGGCUCAAAAUGUGUAUCUUCCUUCAUUCCUUUUCCAUUGUAUUCAUUUUUUCCCCAAUGAAAAUAUAUAUAGAGCUGAGGCAUAAUGUUAGAAUCACAGUGCUUAA